CUAUAAAACGCAGCAGCAAAAGCAGCAGCAACAUCAGCCAAUAUACAGAAGAGAGAAACAAGAUGGUCCUUUACCGUUGUCUGCUCCUGCUCCUAGCUGCGCUGCUGGCGUCGCUGCCCGCCCAAGCCCAGAUCCUGAGGGGGGGCCAGUGUCGCCCCACCUUCAUUAACGUGCAGUUGGGCGGCACGGUGUGCGAGCGGCUCUGCUACCGCCGCGGCCACCGCGGUCCGCCGAUCCUCUGCCGCCGCGUCUACAGCUCGGGAAAGUUGCCUGUCUGCGGCAACGGCUGCUGCAUUAGCGGUCCCAACUGCCUCCAGCUCCUCCGCACCUAAAGCAAUUAAUAAUAAUAGUUAAUAGGGGCCUGUGUGUUCUUGUAGCACUAGUAAAAUUAUUAAAUAAAUAGAAUAAAACAAAUAAAGUGAGUGGUAGACGAUGCAGCUCCUCUACAUCUUAUAAUGUUGUUUAAAACAAAUAAAUAAAGUGGGUGGUAGACGAUGCAGCUCCUGUACACCUAAAG